GUCACCGUGGUAAUUCAGCAAAGUCCCAAAAAGCACACAAAAUGGGGGGUGCUCGGGAGCCCUGCGCCCCUCAGGAAGCAGAUGUGAAGCCCAGCAGACACCACAAGCUGGAACCAAGCCCUGCAGGAACCCCAGCCCCUAUUACACAGCCUGGCUGUGCUGAAACACCCUCCUGCCACCCAGCAGAAAGGGAAAAAGCACCACCAGAGCCUUCAUAACCCUGCUGCCAGCAUCAGGAGCAAAGCCCCUCACCUGGCUCUAGGCAGGAUUUUACCAUUUGCAGAGGCAACCGCUAGAGUAACACUUAUUGCACACACCUGGGGCCAGCAGAGCUUGGAUGCACCCCAAGUAGUUUCCUUCAAUUUGUAAUUUGCUUGCGAGUCUCCGAUAAUAAGCAGAGAUUUUGAGCCCAUGCUAAUGUUAAGGGACCAAAGCCGCUGUAUUUUCUGGUGUGGAAGAGCUGCUCCUUGAGAUGCUGGUUUUCUACCCAGAACACAAAUUCCAUUCUCUGGCAGGCCUCGCUCCGUAAUGGUGUUUAUGCUGUCCCAGCAAUACCUCUCUGGAAGAAAAAAAUAAAAAUCUCCCCUAAUUUCACUACAAAAACUCUUAACCACCUCCUUUUCCUGCAGCUACAAAGCACUUGUUACAAGACUCAUAAAUGCUUUCUAAUUAAUUACACGUAUUUUCUAAGCAGAACAUGAAUUUCUCCCUGAUUUCCUUCUUGACCAUAUUUUAAGCACUUCAGCUCUGAGCCUUUUGGAUUUCUGGCCGGGCUGAUUUAAAAUAUAUGGUGUAAAUGUGUGUAAGUGUAUGAUGAGCAUAUGAUAAGUGUAUGAGACGCGAUGGAAAUCUCUACCAUCGGGACUAUUUUGGGAAAGGUGAAGCAGGAAUGUGCGUUCACGUGUGUGCAAGUAACUACCACGGCCGAUUGCUGGAGCGUUUUCAUAGUGGCUGGCACGUCUUCUGGCUGUCCUUGUGCUCAAGCACAUGAGAGGUUGAAAAGAAGCAAGGGCAAGCUGCAGGCUAUGAGGAAACCUGUGGAAGAGCCCUCGGCUUUGAAAUCCUGCCUGGCUGGUCAGCUCAUCCCGUGGAAAUCCUGUCCUGUGAACGCUUUACACACAGAGGAGCUGAAAGCCCUGGCUGAGCGGAAAAGCCCAGCGCUGGGACCUUCUGGAAGCAGCAUGGAACAAGUCCUUCUCCCGCAAUCUCACCCUUUAAUUAAGGAAGACGGGAAGACUGGCUGGGGGAAUGAUUAAUGAAAUGAACAAGUCACAUGAGAAUCUGUGGCUGGGCCAGGGAGCAUGCCAAGCUCCCCACACAGGCACCCAAAGCUCCUCUUGCCUCCCCUUCUUCACCUUGUGCCACUAUUUCCUUAUAAAAGUGGCAUCAAGAGCUUAAUUUGCAAAUUGAAAUGAAUUAAUGAAUUAACCUCCCGUGGCCUCAGACAGAUGUGGAUGUGCCACGGCACCUUCGUGGCACUGUCAUCCUGAAUUUCAGCCCUCUGUGCCAAGCGAAAGGUGCCCAUGGAGCAAGAGCACCACGCAGUUUCUCCGAGGAAUGAUGCAGAAGCACCUCCAGAAACUCAUGGAGAAGCUUGUGGAGAAGCUUGUGCACCUGCCUCGAGCUCCGAGGACGUGCCACGGGUGUGCUGGCGCUGGCCAAGAGCCUGGAGAAGUGAUGGGUUGAUCCCAAACAGGCUCAGAGCGGGCCACGCACCAAAAUCUGGACCCAGCGAAGCCCCCUUCUGCCCCAAAUGUGGGUCUGUCAGGCACAGCGCCCGGUCCUGGGUGGGAAAUAACCUUUGGGGUGGCUGCGGAUGCUCUCCGCUCCCCAAGUCGAGCGUGCUCCUUUCGGGCGUUGGGCGCUGCCGACACGUCACGGCCGCGUUGUGCAGGCACGGUGCUUCGCUCCCCGGGGCUGCCGAGCAUCCAAGUGGCCAUAAUUCACCGGAAGGGGAUGAUCGUGGAUCGGCGAGGCCUGGAAUGAAGAAGAGGGAGAGCAAGAGGAGCGCGCACCGCCUUCGUUUCGCCUUCCUGCCCGCGUUUGGGCCGCGCCAGGCUCCGGCGGACGAGCGCGAUGGCUCCCAGCGGCUGAGGCCGUGGGAAAGCUGCGGAAGGAGCGGAUCCAAAGCCGGGGAAGGGCUUGGGGAGGCGCCGAGGGGCCGGGGGCGGGCAGAGCCCGGGCGAGCAGAGCCCAACGCGGCUCCCUGGAGGAGCCCAUGGGGCUGGGGGCCUGGCUGCGCUCGCUGGGCGGCUGCUGCGGCUGCUGCGGAGGGGAGGCGGCGGCCCCCGAGAAGGAGCCGCUGCUCAGCAACAACAAUCCGUAUGCCUCCUUCGGAGCCACACUGGCGCGGGACGAGGAGCAGAACCUGUGGAGCACCCCGCACGACGUGACCCACACGGAGGCGGACGACGACCGGGUGCUGUACAACAUGAUCGUGGGCAGGAGCCAGCUGGACAAGGACUCCGAGGAAUGGCAGAAGCUCAACUAUGAUAUCUAUACGUUACGGCAAACCCGGAAAGAAGUGAGAAGCAGGUGGAAACACAUUUUGGAGGAUUUAGGUUUCCAGAAGGAAGCAGACUCCCUCCUGUCCGUGACCAAACUCAGCAUCAUCAGCGACUCUCAGAACAUGGGCAAAGCCCGGGACAUCCUGCUAAAGCUGUCUGAAGAGACAAACAUCUUCCCGACCAGCUGGCAGCUCUCUGAGCGCUACCUCUUUGUGGUGGACCGGCUCAUAGCUCUGGACGCUGCGGAUGAGUUCUUCAAGAUGGCCAGCGUGGUGUACCCAAAGAGAGCCGGCGUGGAAAAGGUGGAUGAAAAGCAGGUCUCCGCCGGGAUGCCCUGAGGAGCACGCCUCACUGGUGCUACAGCGGGAUUCCCUCCCCUGGGACCAGGUUCCCCUGCCGAGGGCUUGUAGCACAAGUAGUGCCCUUCCUUGUUUCCCUGCUGAGAAGCGAGUGGGCUGCCCAGAGCAGAGCUGAGAGCCAGGGGUGCUCCAUGGGGAGGGUAUGGGAAAAGGGCUGGUGGACCCCAAGGUGCUCCAGGAGAAGGGAGCAGGAGCUGCUGCAGCGUUGUCCUGGUGGGGGGCCACCAGCUGGUAGGCACGGGGGGAAUUGCUGCUCCCAGUAGCUGAAAAAGGUGGGACGUCUCCGGUGAGGAGAGCCACGUUGCUCCCUUCAUGCUAUCAGCCACCUCCCUCAGCCCUCCCAUCCAGGAGAACCAGCGAGGAAGGGAAAAUACCUCGGUCGUCUACAGCUUUGGGACAUUGCUCUGUGUGCUGCUCCUCAUCCUCGUCCCCGCCGGGCUGGUCCCAGCUCCUGCAGGAGAGGAGCUCACGGCUGGAGCCUCGUUCAGUUGGGUGCUGGGACCGCAGCAGUGAGCAGUUUGGAGGCGUUUCUCUCGAGGGAUGCUCAGCCCGACACUGUAAACAAAGGUAGAUUUUAGGGAGGCUCCAUGGUGGGACCUGCUGAGAAAUGUUCUCCUGUAACACCCUCAGACUGGUCACACCAACGUCUUCAUUCAUUUCUGAAAGUUCGGGUCUUAAUUGCAAUAGGAACAGCACCACAAAAUUGCACGUGCUGUCCAUGGAUAUGGUCACUGCUCUUCAUGAAGAUGUUAAAUGGACACCCUUCAUAUCUUUGUGUGUGCGUGUGUGUCUGAUAAUGAGCAAUAAUUUUAAAACACUGGAUUUCACCACUUAAAAACAAGUGGAAGUUCAUCACUGGUUAUCACGUUUGCUGCUAACGGACCAGUUGAAAAUGCUGGUUGCUUAGGACCUCCCAAAACAGCAAUAUAGAGCUUUUAUUUGUUUAUACCUACAGAGUAUGAAAUAUAUAUAUAUAUUUAUGAAACAUUUCUGCUUGUCAGUCUUCCUGGGAAACAUUUUUCUCAGCUCUAGACAUCAACGAGAACUGGAUUUAAUAA